AUGUCAAAACGAGUGAAUAGUCUGGAGAAUAAUGUGCCUCCCCGUGUUUCCAUUCUUGGGGAUGCUCUCCAAGGGGGAUUCUUCCCAACAGGACCGAGUACAGAAAGUCACGCCGAUUCGAGUAAAUCUUGUGGUGGUAUCGAGUGGCUUCUUCUCACAGAUUUCGAGCACAAUAUGGCGAGCACAUGGAGUUUGGACGGCGUUACACUCAACUAUCAGGAGGCUUCCGAAAUUCUUGAGUUCCUCAGUGUCUGGCUCGGGAUUCCUCCUCAUUUGUCUGCAUCCGCUCAACUCACCACGAUUACAACUAUGUCACACGACGCAGACUGUCCUCGACCGUUUACGGCACAGGUCGAAAUUCAACGGCAAAUUGUGCACUACUCGACGGCUCUCGCUGGAGAUGUUGAUUCGUCAACUUCUUCAAGUCUGAUGAAUUUGUUCAGCAGUGAGCUUGACACACUUUAUGCUAUGUACAAGGAUAUUUGGUCAACUAAACUAGAGCUACAACUCCUUCGGGCAAAGCUGUAUCUCUAUUCUCAUUGUCUCAAUAUCGUAUGGAGAACUUCAUACGACAGGGCGCGAGUCUCGGAUGAGUCCACCCUGCACUCUGUCAAGAUGCUUCUACACCGGGGCUUCCUCUCAGCCAUUUCAUUAGUCCACAACAGCCAGAAGCUGAACACCACGCCAUCCGAUUCGGAACCAGCACCGUCAGGUGGUAUCCUGAUACACCACCCGAAAUUCUAUUUGCAGACUGUCAUGUUUGCUGUGAUUUUCCUCUUGAAAUUUCUAAGCAACAACUUGAACCAGAAAUUCUCUCAAAGAGACAGGGAGUUGGCGUACUCGCACAUCACCAUUGCUCAUCAGUUAUUCUCUGGAUACUCUCACUCACUCGAGUGUCUGAGAGUGGCGGGAGUAAUCGAACAACUCGUGGAGAAUUUGAAUGAGAACGAUAACCAAAAAUGUACGCCUGUCAAUAGCAAGCUAGGUGCUUCGCUAAUGUAUAGCACGUUAUCCUAUCUCUCAACCCCAGCAAAGGCUGAACAUUCUGCGAAUCACACAGAAAACAGCGGUGAAAUACUAGAAGUGGUCAAUUUCGCAGCAUCGGAUAAACCAUCAACUUCCACCCCUAUGAUAUGGGACUCGCAUGAUACGGCACAACCAUUUGAAACUACUGAUGCAGCAUUACCAGAUGAUCUAAGCGGUUUUCAGUGGAAUUCUGACGAGUUUGUCUUCGACAUUCGAGAGUUUUAA